UGAUCGGACGGGAACUGGUGUUUUCGCCUAGGUAUGGCCGUAGACAUGUGACAAGUGUUGUAUAUUCUAUCUAAAGUUAUAAAGAGAAACAGACAUUGGAACCGAUUGCUGAAUGAAAACAGAGUAAACAAUAAGUCGAAAUUUUCAUCGUUUAUCGUUCAAUCACUUAGGCACAUGAAGUAUUUAAGAGCUAAACACUAUUCUCACGGAUGUACUAAGAUUUGGUGUUCAUUUCCCCAGCUCAAGUUAACCUUGGUCCGUAUAUGGUAUUCUUACUCAUUGACCGACCCAUCAUCAUUAGUGCGGAACUUAGAGAAGGAAACAAACCGCUCUUUGCAAUAAUUAAGAAAGCAGCAGCUUUAAAAAUUGAAUUCUUCAAUUUUUGCUUAGCUAAUUUUUUAAAAAAAAGUAAAUGGAGGAAAAAGGGAAGUGUUAUUUAGCUACAAUAUAACUGUUUAUAACGAAAACUUUUUCUAAAAGCACUCUAGUAGCAAUAGCAAGUGAAUAAGCUUUUCUUUCUUCCUUUUUUUUUCUAUAUAUACUGGUAUAAUGGUCCUCGUACAAGACUUAACAAAUCAACUUCCAGAAAAAGAUGUAUUCGUCGUGGAUGAAAUCGGUUUAUUUUGGAAACUCGGUCCUUCAAAGAAAGUAAAAAAUGAACAAGUUCGUGGGAUUCGUCGUGACAAAGCUAGAGUUACUGUUACCGCCUGUUGCAAUGCAUCAGGUACCGAAAAAUUGCCAUUAUGGGUUAUAGGCUAUUCCAAUCUUCCUAGAGCCUUCAAGAACUUUAAGAUUCAUCCAGAAAAUCUAAAUAUAAAAUGGAGAUGUACAGGAAGAGCAUUAAUGACAACAUCUAUAAUGGAAGAAUGGCUUCGAUGGUUUGAUGCAAGAAUGGAAGGGAGAAAGGUUUUGCUCUUACUAGACAAUUUCAUCGCUCACGGACGAGCGAUAGAAAACAUAAGAUUAUCAGGAAAUGACCUAAAUAACACAAUCAUUAUUAUGCUGCCUAAUAAUUCUAUGAAUAUUCGAAACCCAUUUGAGCUGGGUAUUAUUUAUAACUUGAAAUCUCUAUACCGAAUUAGCUGGCUGAAUUUUCUCAUCAGUCACAAAGAAUCUGAAUUAAAUCCUUAUAACAAGAUCAACUUGUUUAUAGCUGUACAAUGGAUCAACGAAGCAUGGAACUCCAACUUGUCUCCAAACCUUAUAGAAGAUUGCUUUUCAAACUCUGGCAUGUUCGCAUUAACGAAAACGAAAAAAGACGAACGGGAUAUACGUGAACCAUUUAGCCUCGACGAUAGGAUACGUGAAUUGUUGACAAAGCUUGAUCCUCAAGCGGCCAUUAACAUUCAGAAUUUCAUUAAUCCAAUCGAAGAAAUGGGAAUGGAUAGUUCGGAGGAUAUCAUUAGUCAAUUCGCAUUUGAAAUUUUCGGGGAUCGAGAAUUUGAAACAGACGAAGAAGAAUUAACGUUGCCAAUGAUUUCGAAAGGAGACGCUUACCAGGCUAUUGAGCUAUUAUCAGAUUAUGAACUUCAACAAAAAAAUGGUGAUCCUAAUUUGUACAUGUAUCUACAGAAAUAUCGUUACUUUCUUCAGACGCACGACUAAUACCUUCAAAAAGGGAAUUGUUAUUAUUUCUAGGGAUUUAAUAAUUGAAUUGAAUUUCUUCAAUGAAUACUUUGUAUGCCUUAAAAUCUUUUUGGUUUAAUUAUACUACAACAUCUUGCAAAAGCCUUCACUUAUAGCAUAGUUCCAUUGACGUUGUUUAAUAAAAGAUGAUACUUACUAGCUAGGUCUUUUAGCGCCCCUUGCAGAAUAAAAAAGUGAAACAAUCCGGCAUUAAUUAC